GACUUAGACAACGUACGUAUGCUUUUUAUUCUUUUAAAAAUGUAUCUUGAGAUAUAUACAAUGGCUGUUUUUUAAAAGUUUUUAAUACAAAUUUGCGGUUUGUCACACCAGACAAUUUGUAUUUGUAAUAAAGUCAGCCGAACAUCUUACCGUAAUCGGAAAUUCAAAGAGAGAUGUCAAACUGGCCCUGUCGCAUCAUUAAGGCAUGUUGUUCUGUCAUAGUGAUGCAUAGUAGCAGCUCUGACACAUUAUUCUGUAGACUGUCCGAACAUGGGACCUGUUCAGAAAUACAACAGAAUAAGUUGUGUCUCACAAUGUGGAAGGAGGAGGCGAAGAAGAAGACAUAACUCUUGGUCACGUGACGGGGGUCUAGCAUCUUUUUUUGGUCCAUUUUGGAUGAUAGCAAGAGCUCUCUGCAAACCCACGAAAAUGACCAAACUGCAGUUUCUAAACGUAUUUCUGACUGAGCGUCUCAUGCUUGCUGCGCAGGAGAUCUACAAAUCUGUCGAAGACACGAUUUUGGAGUACCAGGAGGAGAUAGCGAUCAGGGAGCGGGAGAACGACCAUUUGAGACGCAGGCUGCGAGACGCUGGGAUUGAGAUAUGGCCAGAUCGUCCUUCCAUGGCACUGUUAGACGAGGAGGAUGGCGAGCACCCACGACGUGAGUGGAGUCCCAGCAUGGGGCAUGAAGAACGCAUCCCUAUUCAGAUUAAGGAUAAAAGAGAUCUCCGGGCCAACCAAGGAGAUGAUCAGCUUCGUGGCCAUGGCUCGUGCAGCACAUCAGAGACCUUGUUCACCCCCCCACGUGUUGUCAAUGAGUAUCCGCAAGAUGGCCCCCAUACAUCCAACCUCCCGCAGAGUCAAGGCGUGGAGAACAGGGAGAGGGAUCCUGCCUCCCGAGGCUCCUCGAGGCAUGUGAAGGUGGAGAGCGGAGGCCACAGGGGCUCCACUUCUUCCAACAGCGGCGCCCAGCCACUCGCACCAGUCAACCCAAACUGCUCAAAUGAGAACAACAUUGACAUUAACGGGGUGGACAAUGGAGGACAAAUGGUUGGUGUUAAGGGGAAUGGAAGUGGAGCCAACAGAGGACAGGGCUCCCACAUGCGCAACCAAGGAGCCAAUGCUGUGGACUGCCCUCAUCAAAAAUCCCCAUUACAGGGGCACAUGUCUUCCUUUUCCUGCAAGGUCUGUGGCGAGGCGUUCAGUCACGUUGGCCACCUGCACGUACAUGUACAAGUGCACACCCGAGAAAAACCGUAUCGCUGUGGAGUAUGCGGGAAAUGCUGCAGCUCCUCUGGCAGACUCCAGGAGCACCAGCGUAGCCACACAGGGGAAAAACCAUUUCGCUGUCAGAUUUGUGGAAAGGGCUUCACUCAGAUGGCUCACCUGAAGGUACACAUGAGGAUCCAUACUGGGGAGAAGCCGUACAGUUGCCCCGUGUGUGGCAAAUGCUUCAGCCGUUCUGACAAAAUCAAAAGGCAUCUCCAGACCCAUAGCCGGGAGGGGACAUAUUUCGCAGGGCAAUGAUCCGAGUGUGUUGUUCAUCAACCCUGUUUGUGAACCAUAUUGAUGAGGGACAUUUUCUACAAAAGCUCAAAUUGCUGCCAUUUAAAAACAGCUUUUUUUUUCUUCCUACUGUCCAAAAAUGAGGGAUUCUGCAACUCGUGCCAUAGUCCCUUGAUAGAAUUUGUAUUGGCCAGUUUAGUAUGCCAUUUAUUUAAUUUUGUACUUUUCACUGAGUAUUACAUCUCUUAAGACACAAUUUGAGUUAUUAGCUAGCUUUUCUGAAUUAUUAGUCUUUCCGUAGUCAUAUAAUUAGCAUGACAAAAUCUUCCACACAUGCCUUGAAACUGAGAAACUACAUUUAGAAAUGCAACAGUGUUCAACAUGGUCUUAGCUUAUUAGCCGCCUGUCGCUUCACAUCCAUACGUUUACUCUUGAGAAUUAUAUCUGCAUACUUGACAUUUAUCUUCUAAUCGUUAUUUUACGAUUAAGAGUCCGUGCAUGAAGUGAUCUCCAUUUUCUCAUUUAACUAGAGAAUCAAUGGCCUGUGUGUCAUUUGCCAGGAACACUGCCAGUAGUAUUAUUUUUCUUCUGAAGCAAACCAUGAUGACAUUAUGUGCCCAUAAACUGCAAAGCUGGACUGACUUAAAAGUUUCACCCAGCACUUAUCUCCAUCUUUGUCUUUAUUUUUCUUCUGAUGGCUGUUACGUUGUUGCAGAGCUAAAUACUGCCAUGUCACAUAGUCCGUGCUUCAUGUUGUCCAUUAAAAUGUGGUUCAAUCUGUUGUGAGACUGCUCCACUAUUGUGUGAAGUAACGCAAUAUUCUAUUUUUUUACAUUUUUUUGAAUGACUUCAGUAUGAAUGCACUAUGGCAUCUGUAUGAACCGGGCCCUACAGUAUUACAUUAAUAUGUCUUCGGUUCUUCAGGAGUCUGUCUAUAUUUAUGCACACCUCUGUUUCCACUACAACUGUCAUCCACGGGUGAGGUUAUUUUGGAGUGGCCUCGGCGGUGGUGGUGGGUUUUACAGGUCAUUGUUUGAUUAUUGUAGAAUGGGACGGGGUUGACUCCCCAAACAGUUGACCCUACAGUCACCUUUCUCCUCUCAGGACUAAUGCUGCAUUCAUGGCAUGAGGGCAUACCAAAAUGCCUGACCUCAAACUAUUAAAAAAGUCAGAAACUCAGGGUUUGGGAAUUUUCUUGUGGAGUUUGUCCCUGUGUUGCCAUGUCUUUAACAUGACAUUAACAAUCCACAUUUGAAAGUAACAAUUUGCAUCUGAACCUUCUGCAAGAAGAUGAACCACAUAAAAUCCGAGACCUUCAGAACGUGUCCGACACCCGUUGAUGAGCACUAGUGACCCCUCCUUGCUUGAUGAAUGCAGCAUGAGAACAACUCCGGCACGUCCUCACAGAUGACCAGCAGCCCUUCACUCAGUCUUCUCUGGGACACCUUUGCUCCCUCGGCACACACAGACUAAUGUACAGUGUUGUAUCAUUAUGUAUUAAAUGUUAUUUUUUAAUAAAGUAGCAAUUGAGUUGUCCA